AUGGAUGGUUUGUCGUUGCCGAUUGGGUUAGUGGAAGAGAUACUUUACAGAACUCCGGUGGAAUCUUUGGUCCGAUUCAAAGCGACGUGCAAGGAAUGGAACAAUCUCAUCAGCAGCGACACAAGAUUCAUGUACAAGCACUUGGAUGAUCACACUCCCGAACGAUUCAUAAGAAUCCAUGAUCAUGAUGCGGUUCAAAUCAUGGAUCCGGUGACCGGAAUCCACACAGAAACACCAAUCCCAGACGAGUUUCAUCAUCCGUUUCCGGUUUCUUGGAUGGUUCAUUGUGAUGGACUAAUGCUGUGUAGAUGUGAAGAUUGGACACGAGGCCGAGGCCAAACCGUCCUUCUGGCUGUUUGGAAUCCGGUCUUGAGGAAAAUCAAAUUGAUCGAUCCAUUGGUUUGUUUCUGGUCACGUGAUUAUUUCGGGAUUGGAUACCACAGGGAAUCUCGUGAUAACUACAAAAUCUUGAGGUUUGUUUAUAAUGAUGGUGAACCAUAUCGAGAUUGUGAGAUCUAUGAAUUCAAGUCUGCUUCAUGGAGAGCAAUUGAUGCUGGGUUUGAUGCGGGUUUAGAUAUGGAGUGGGAAUGUAGCGUGUCUGUGAAGGGCAACAUGUAUUGGAUUGCUGAAACGGAGGAACGUUGUAUCAUUCUAUGUUUUAACUUCUCCGUGGAAACAUUCAAAGAGAUAUGCGCUUGUCCUCUCUUUUGGGACAGUACUAAACGAUUAGAAUGUUACAGUGGAGAUAAAAUCUCUUUGUUAACACAAGCUGGAGGAGAAUCAAGAGACAUUGAGGUGUGGAUAACAAACAAGUUGAGUGAUGAGGUCAUUUCGUUUACCAAGUUUUUCAAUGUCGCUACUACUCCUGAUCUUCCGCGGUUACAGCUCUAUACUAGUCCGGGAUUCUCCAUCGGCAAGCACAGAAAUAUCGUGGCAUGGUGUGAGCGUGUGGGAACUGUACAAGGAGAUGAGCAGUUGUAUUCUUUCUUCACUCUGUACGAUAUUGAUCAUGAAGGUGGUGUCAGAAAGGAAAUUGUGACAGCAACACGUCCACUGAAUGACUUCAAUGGCCUGUCAAUUUGUAGCUGUAUUUAUUUUCCAAGUCUGAUUCCCGUUCCGGAAUAAGAGGUAGAUUAUAUAGAGGGUUGCUUCGUCUUCUUCUCAAAGCACUGUUUUUUUUUUUU